CAUACAUGCACAUACCUUAACAUGCUUAUAUCGAAGAUUCCAAGUAAAAAUAAAAUAAAAAUGGAAUGCGUAAGACAAAACGAAAUCGAAGAUUCAUCUCUAUCGACUCCAUCCAUGCAGAUCACAGCUAGCAAUGGCUUCGGACACAACAUCGAGUUCGUGUCGCAGCCCUAUCUCCGAAACACCUGUUCCGAAAUCGACAUCGAGGAAGAUAUUCCCUCCAAUAGACAAGAUCGCCCUCUCCCGAUUUUUCUCAAGUUUGCUGAUGUGGAGUUUAAGGUAAAAGUAGGAAACGGUUCGUCUGCCAACCCUGUUAAAGCUGUUGUGUCGAAAGUAGCCUCGCAGUUGAACAUCGAACAAGAUAACUACAAGCAGAUACUCAAGGGUAUAACCGGAAGUAUUGGCCCCGGUGAAAUUCUUGCACUUAUGGGUCCAUCUGGCAGUGGGAAAACUACCCUGUUGAAGAUUAUAGGCGGCCGGUUGAACGAAAACGUUAAAGGGUCCGUUACUUAUAACGAUAUUUCGUACAGUCCGGUUCUCAAACGAAGGAUCGGUUUUGUUACGCAAGACGAUGUGCUUUUCCCACAGCUGACGGUGGAAGAAACCCUCGUAUUCGCUGCUUCUUUGAGACUUCCUAGCAGAAUGAGCGUACGGCAAAAGUACGAGCGAGUGGAGAUGAUUGUUAAGGAGUUAGGCCUUGAGAGAUGUCGCCAUACGAGAAUCGGGGGCGGGUUCAUCAAAGGUAUAUCUGGUGGAGAAAGGAAAAGAACAAGUAUAGGCCAUGAAAUUCUGGUUGAUCCUUCUUUGCUUUUGCUCGACGAACCAACUUCAGGCCUCGAUUCCACUUCGGCGAAUAGAUUGCUACAAAUACUUCAAGAUCUUGGCAAGGCAGGAAGGACAAUUAUUACAACAAUCCAUCAACCUUCGAGCAGAAUGUUUCACAAAUUCGACAGAGUUCUGUUAAUAGCAGAGGGCUAUCCGGUUUACUAUGGAAAAGCCCGAGAUUCGAUGGAAUAUUUUUCGUGUUUAAGGUUCAUUCCGCAGAUACCUAUGAACCCUGCUGAAUUCUUGCUCGAUUUAGCAACCGGACAAGUGAAUGACAUCAGCGUACCUGAUGAACUCUUUGCUUCUCAAGAAAGCACCGCCGAACUCGAAAAAAAUGUUAUAAGAUAUCUGCAACAUAAGUACAAAGUGGAACUCGAGCCGAAAGAGAAGGAAGAGAAUCACCAGGCGCGGAAGGUUCCGGAAAGGCUCCAGCUAGACAUCCAAGCCAAGUUAGAUUGGACGCUCACUUGGUUCGAACAGUUCAGAAUAUUGUUCAAACGAACGUUUAAAGAACGAUGGAGAGACUACUUCGAUCAGCUUCGAUUAAUCCAGUCGUUCGGUGUGGCCAUUCUGUUAGGCCUUCUCUGGUGGAAAUCAAGCACCGCAACCGAAGCCCAGCUCCGAGAUCAGAUUGGGCUGUUGUUCUACAUAUGUAUAUUCUGGACAUCUUCGUCGAUAUUCGGAGCGGUUUACGUGUUUCCGUUCGAGAAGAUGUAUUUGGUGAAGGAACGAAAGGCGGAUAUGUAUAGGCUGAGUGUAUACUAUGUGUGCAGCACGUUGAGUGACAUGGUGGCGCAUUUGCUUUACCCCACGUGCUUCAUGUGCAUAUUGUAUUUCAUGGCCGGUUUCAAGCGAACUGUCGAGUGCUUCUUCUUGACUUUAUCCACGAUACUCCUCAUCGCUGUCACCAGCCAAGGAGCAGGGGAAUUGUUUGGGGCAGCUGUGAUGAGUAUCAGAAGGGCGGGAAUGAUUGCUUCGUUGAUAUUAAUGUUGUUUCUUCUGACAGGUGGAUAUUAUGUUCAGCAUAUUCCGAAAUUUAUGCAGUGGCUAAAGUACGUGUCGUUUAUGUACUACGGGUUUAGAUUGCUGGUGAAGGUGCAGUAUUCCGGCGACCAGAUGUACGAGUGUGAGAGCAAGGGUGGCUGCCGGAGUUUGCAGAGCUCGCCGUCGUUCGACACUGUGAACUUGAACGGAGGGAUGAAGGAGGUUUGGAUCUUGUUGGCUAUGGCACUGGCUUAUCGUAUCGCUGCGUAUAUUUGUCUACGCAGGAAGAUUAAUGUCUACCAUCUUUGAAGUUUUUCUGUUUUCUUUUUGGGCAUUUUAUGUAAUUUGUAAGAGAUCUAGAAA